AGAACUACUGUACGCACAAGCUAACGGUACAGUAUUGGCACCCCUUGACGUUCUUGCGUAGAGGGACUCUUUAGGUCAACAACAGUUUCACGGACGAACAUCCUAACGUGGAAAUUAAUAGGAAUAGUCAUCACAACGCUGUACCUAGCACGACGGAAUUGUAGCUCUCUGAUAGAGAACGACGAUAACGACAACGGACUAUAUUUCGACCAUUGGCAUGCAGAACGACAGCAAUGAUGACGUCGGAGGCAGGGCGAGGCAGGCUCUGACCAGUGCUGAGACAAGUAAAGAAAGACUGGAGGAACUGUAUAAGAUUCCGAAAUGCAAACUGCCACCGGCCUCAGAAAUGGCUGCGAUAGAAACUUUCGUUGUGAAUGCAAUUCAGUCACAAGAGCCUCGUAAUGCUGAUACAAACAACAAGUUGGAUCCGACUCAUUCGGAAGCCUAUAGAGCGAUCCUGACAGCCCUGAAACGACCAAACGACCCCCCAAUGAUAUGCAAGGUGCUACUGGCACUGAGGACCGCCGGGCAUGGCUCCAUCUUGAGUCUUCUGGCGCUGAGAGACAACCACGCACAACUUCUUCAUCUAGUGAUUCGAUUCGUGUCUACAUUACCUCCAACCUUUGACGAGACUUUGACGGGAGAUCCGGGUGCCAUGCUACAAGUAUACAAAGAUUAUUCUCUUUGUGAUGCGCAUUUCAAUUUGCUCCUUGCCAUUGUUAGCGCAAAGUCGACGCACGUUGUUCCCGUACUGACAGCAGUUUGGAAACUGUUGACGAAUUUUGGCCCGAUAGAAGACAAGGGAGUGUAAGUAACUACGUUGUUACUAUUUGUGAAAAACCUACCGAAUGAAUGAUCAAAGGAAGCAAAGAAAAUCGCCACAAGAUCAACGGUAGUUGGAAACUACUCGACGACUCGACUUUCUCACAUUGACAUCCUCCUCAUCCUACUUCUAUAGAAUUCACCGGAUUCAUUCCAUGAUUUUCAACGUGUUAAGGUUAGUUCCCAAAUCAAUGUCAGACGUGUAUCCGAUUAUUGCAUCGAAAUUCCCAUUUUGGUUAAAGGAUAAGGAGUCUUUGGUAUGGUAUACCAAACAGUCUUUCAAGGUUCUAGAUUAUCUGCCCUCGAUUCGUCAACGAGUAUUCGAAUUAUUAAUUGAGAAAUGCGUAGAAAUCGAUGUCAACAUAUUUAUCAAGGACAACGGAGAUGUUACUAUCGAUGAGACGGAACAGCGCAGUGCCGAGGAUGAGGAUGAAUACGGCCAAAAAAAUACGAACAAGAGCAAAGUCAAUUUGAAUACGAGUGUCGAUGUUUUGUCAGACAAGCUCGAUGCACUCUUGGAACUUCUGUUUGACAACAUCCAGUCCGGAUGCCAAGCCGGAGUUUCUAGUACCCAGAAAAUAUACCACGAGUUGGUACAGAUUUUUGAAAGCACGAUACUGACAACACACAAAUCGAAGUUUGUACAAUUCUGCAUAUUCCUUCCGUGUGGAUUGGAGGCGCAGAUCGCAAGCAACAAUGAAAUGAUCGAGAACAUCGAACAGAAAUCAAACGAAUCACCCAUUACCGUCUCAGCAUCAAACAGCAAGGGCGUUAUCGAACAUGAGGAAGAAGCCAUUUUGUACCGCGAGUUUGCUUCGAAACUAUUGCAAAUUCUUGUUGAUCCAUAUCGGGCAACAACUACGAGACAGAGCUGUGCAUGUUAUUUAGCUUCCUUCGUCAGUCGGGCUGCCUUCAUCGGGAUCGAUUCAGUAUGUGAAUCUAUUUCGGCAUUGUUGACAUGGGCAGAAGCCUAUAUCGGAUCUCUGGGGAUAUAUUCGGUUCGUGCUGCGGAUGCUAGGCAGCAAAGCGAACAUCAUGCUCUCUUUUAUACAGUUUGUCAGGCAGCAUUCUACAUCAUGAGCUUUCGCGGAAACGAAGCUAUUGAAUAUUAUAGGAAUGCCGUGAAAUAUGAAGCUGCGAAUGCGGACGGAACUAUGAAUGACGAUUUAGGUCAGGACAAUGAUGAGCCGCAGUACCCCGAUUUGGAAUGCAUUAACUUGGAUGGCAAGCGAUGGACUUCUUUGUGUGGACAUGCGCUGCAACCGCUUCGAUUUUGCUUAGAGAGUGUAAGGAGUGAAUUUCUUCACAUGGCACACUUUUAUACUCUCAUUGACGAAGAGGUCCUGAAUAAACUAGUAGCGGAUGCUAAACGUCUGUCAACAGGACGAGUGAAUAAAAAGGCAGCGUCCUCGAUCAAGACAGCAGCGACGCUAGAACGUCGCCGACAGACGGGGGGCGUAGGUGGAUUAGGUAGAGGUUCMAACCCGCUCAAGUCAUUUUUUCCUUUUGACCCGCUGUUACUUCGACAAUCUCACGGGUAUAUCGAGCCUCUUUACAAGUACUGGGAAGGGCCAGUCGAAGAGGAGGACGUACUUGUGAUUGAUGAGAUUCAAAGAGACGGCGAUCCUACGUUUUACAUGGAUGAUGACGAAUCCAUUGAGGAGUCCGAUGGAGAAAAUGAGAACUCAGAUGAUGACGACGACGACUCAGAUAUUGAUCACUCGGAAGCACUAUCGGAUAGUGAAGGGUAUGACAGACCCAGCAAUUUAUUGACACCUGAUGCCUACAAAAUCAAACUUCUACAACAAAAAGCCUGGACCGAAACACUGAAGAGACCAAGGUCGCAGAGUAUGGAAAAUGGCAGCUGGUAAAUCAUGAAGUGGGUCGUSCCUAGAUUAUUAAGAACUAAGAAUAAUCUUCAAUGUGACAACCAUAAAAAAAUAAUCGUGACUAUACUUCGCAGCCAUAAUUUCUAAGAAUAAAUUCGCAUUUCACUCGUCAUGUGGUACUCGUUCUUCAUAUUGUGAAGUGCUUCGAUUUUAGGGUGGCGGGAUGGAUGCUUUCUUCAAGAAAAUAUCAUAAACAAC